AUGCUGAACGAAACCACCUCACCAUCAUCUUCCACACCUUCAUCCCCACCAUACUACAUUCUCUCAUCAGACAACGAACCAUCUGACCCCCAAUCCCCCACACUAGCUCAACUUCAGGCACGUGCUUUAGCCUCACAGCAACCACCACAACGUGAACCUGAAGUCACCUCUCCACCCCCCGAACAACACACAAAUCAACCAUCUGAACAACCACAAACAUCACUUUCUGAACAACCAACAACUUCACCCUCUGAACAUCAACCUAGUCCACCACCUGAACAAACAACACCACCUCCCUCUGAUAUUCCCCCGCUACCAAUCUCUAAAGACAUCAUCAUCCCUACUCAAAAUCCCGCUGACACCAACCCAACACCACCAUCCUCCCCAUCCUCUAACCCUGAACCAGAAACUGCAUUCCCCAUACUAGAAGAAGCAAUAACUUUAUUUGCAGAAUCUUUAGUGGAGAAGAUCAAGGACUUGGUGCAAAAAGCAUUGAAAGAAGGAAGGGUUCAAUUUGGCGAAAGAACAAAGAUGCAAGUGGACUCUGAUCCUCUGAAGGUUGAAGAAGCCUUGUACUCUGAACCUCUUGAAUGCAGGAUGGUGGAGACUACUGAUGGUCUCAUGGAGUCUCUGGAUAAGGUGUCUCUAGUUAAAUCUUUUGAAGUACUAUGGUUGAAACUACUGAUGGUUUUGACAAAAGAGUUGAAGAUGGACUAG